UUCAUAAAGACGACAAAGGAACGUCAGCACUAAGACGACCUAAUUCAUGCGAAAUCUUGUGAAUCUCUUCACGAAAUCUUCAGCCUUGGAAAAUGCAACACAGAUCGUUUCGAAUUGAGGACAUCUUAGGGGAAGAUUCUCCCAAAGAGACAACAAGUAGGAAACAAAAAGAAGAAGUGCAGAUUACAGUGGUUCGAAGGCCAAUUUUAUUGCCUAGAAUUGAGCCUGUGGCUUGGAGCCAUCGUGUGAAUAGUCGCUGCAAUUCUUUUUCAAUGUUUGGACACCGUCCCGAACCGAAGGCUUUUUCACCACCGUGGCAUUAUCCUAAAAAUGUGCACGGAUAUCGAGACUGCUCUCACGAUUUUUUCAACGCUAGAAAUUUCACCUUGAAUGGCAAACAGCGACGACCUCGCACAGCGUUCUCCAGUCACCAGCUCCUCACGCUUGAACGACAUUUCCAAGCCCAGAAAUACUUGACUCGGCCGCAGCGAUACGAGCUCGCUACCAGUCUCAUGCUUACUGAGACGCAAGUCAAGAUAUGGUUUCAAAAUCGCCGAAUGAAAUGGAAAAGAUGCAGCAAGAACAUAAAUGGGCGCAGAUCAAUGAAAAAUAACGUAGAAGUUGUCACCGAUAGUUCGAUGACACAAAGAUUAGAUGAUUGAUAUUUUAUCACAGCUAGUGAUGAACUUAUGCUGUAAAUAUUCAUGACAUAAACUCGCGUUACUGAAAUGACUGCUUUUGUCCAGAAACAAAAAUGAAAUUGUUACUCUAAUGGAUAAAGUCACCUUAAAAUCGCACUUGGAAUACCCCUGCCCUUAAGUCCUUCCAAUCCUCCACGUCGGUUGUCGGUGAGUUAUCGAUAAGCAACAAGCAAAACUUACCGCUUCAAUAAUACUACGCAAGAGCCAUAUCUUGCACUACGCUGUUGCUUUCGUGAUAGAUUUUAUUGGUUACAAAGCAAUUAUCUUAAAGGAACCAGGUGAAUGAACACUAGACCCAUUGAAGGGCUAAUCUCCUGGACAUGACGCUAUCUCGUGAAAAUACGCUCAAACGAGCAUUAAGUGCGCGAACCGUCGAACGGUCGGAAUGAAAGACUUCUUAUCUUCGCCAUUUGGACUUCUUUACACUGAGUCUCGUCAAGAAGGAAAGCGCAGCUUGCACAAAACGAUAAAUGCAUACACAAUGAAGAAACCUACAGUCGA